AUGGAGUGGGCAUGCGGCGACGGAUUAUCCACGACGUAUAGGAGGUUCCAAAUGACGGACUGGGAAGACGAUUUGAACGUGCAAUUAUUCGACCAAUAUUCAACGGCUAUUCUCGAGCUAGAAAAACGAAGACGGGAACUCGAGGAAGUGGAGGAAUCGGGAUCUUUAUUAUUUCCGAACACGAAGACCACCUCCAAGUCUUACACGAUUGCUCCUAUAGUGGCUCGACGUGUCGAUGACUCCAUGUCCAAAGACUCGGAGACUACACCAACGAAGGGUACGACAACGGAGAUAGCUCGUUCCGGGAGCAAAGUCAAACGAGCAUUUUUCCCGAAGGCGAGCUCACAAUCAAGGAAGCGAAGAGCAUCGACAUCCGACGAAGACGAGGACAUCGUACCAAAAACAUUCAAGAAUUACAUAAAGGAAAAGCAGAUGACAAUACAAGAGAGUCAAGUGAGUGUGUAG